GAGGCCAAGCCCUGAGCGAGGCUCUGGGGGAGGGAAAAUGUGAGGGACACAGCCCCAGGGGAUUGUGGGAAGGCAGGCCAGGCUGGACUUUGCUUACCUUUCUCCUCCUGGAGCUGCUUUUGUUUGCUUUCUCCUUCUUGGCUCUGUGGCUGUGUGGCUAAGUGAGCACUAUGGCUACUCAGAGAAAUCUCUGGGAUGCCAUUGUGAUCGGGGCAGGUGUCCAGGGCUGCUUCACUACCUACCACUUGGCCAAACGUGGGAAGAGAGUCCUGCUGCUGGAACAGUUCUUUCUCCCACACUCCCGAGGAAGCUCCCAUGGACAGAGCCGCAUAAUCCGAAAGGCUUACUCUCAAGACUUCUACACCCAAAUGAUGGAUGAGAGCUAUCGGUUAUGGGCCCAGCUGGAGCGUGAGGCUGGAACCUCACUGCACAGGAAGACUGAACUACUGGUCCUAGGGAUGGAGGGGAACCCAGAAUUAGAGACGAUGCAGGCCACCAUGUCUAGGCAUGGGAUAGAACACCAGCGUCUCUCAUCUGAGGAACUAAAACAAUGUUUCCCAAAUCUCCGGUUGACCAGGGGAGAAGUGGGGCUCUUGGACAAGACUGGAGGGGUCCUUUAUGCAGACAAGGCCCUCAGAGCCCUCCAGGAUGUAAUUCACCAGCUAGGGGGAACAGUGCAUGAUGGAGAGAAGGUGACAGAGAUAAGACCUGGGCUCCCAGUCCUAGUGAAAACCACCUCCAGGAGCUACCAAGCUAAGAGCUUGGUCAUCACGGCAGGUCCAUGGUCCAACAAGCUCCUCCAGCCCCUGGGCAUUGAGUUACCACUCCAGACUCUGCGGAUCAACGUGUGUUACUGGUCAGAGAAGGUCCCUGGGAGCUACAGUGUGUCCCAGACCUUUCCUUGCUUCAUGUGCCUGGACUCGGAUCCCUAUCAUGUCUAUGGGCUGCCUGGAGGCGAGUACCCUGGGCUGAUGAAGAUCUGUGUUCACCAGGGCAACAAAGUGGACCCGGAGGAACGGGACGACCCCAUGGCCUUCUCAGGUGUCCAAGAUGUCCAAAUCCUAUGCCACUUUGUCCACGACUACUUCCCUGACCUGAAGUCUAAGCCUGCCAUCAUAGAGCGCUGCAUGUAUACGAACACCCCAGAUAAGCACUUUGUCCUGGAUCGUCACCCGAAGUACGACAACAUUAUCAUUGGUGCCGGAUUCUCUGGGCAUGGAUUCAAGCUGGCUCCUGUUGUGGGAAAGAUCCUGUGUGAGUUAAGCAUGAAAUUAAUGUCGUCCUAUGACUUGACACCGUUUCGCAUAAGCCGUUUCUCUGGGUUGGGCAAAGCCCACCUUUGAUGGCUGGCCUCCCCACUGUGCCCUGGCCUCUGCUGGGAAAUUGCUCUGGGAAGUGACCCUGAGAUACAUACAUCCUUUUCUCUUGCUGGGACAUUUGAUUCUCUCUGGGAUUUAGGGUAGGUCUGACUAAAUCUGCUCAGGGGAGCAUAAAUAAGAUGACCUCUUACAGAUCACUAGUGCUCUUGGGGUUCCUUUUCUCUAAAAUUAGGGAAGCCAUCCUAGGACAGAUCCAUCCUCCAUCACAAACUCUCAUCAAUCUCAUAGCUACACAAUACACGUUUGAUAAAAAAAAAUUGCUGAAUAAACAAAUAAUUGCAUUACAUAAAAG